CGGGGCUUCGUCGGUGGUUGAACUAAAUGAAUCAAACGUCCCUUUAUCCGGCUCACAUUAACGAGAUGAUUGACAUCAGGAUCGCGGAUCCGCACUCAAACCGUGUGGUGAGUCUGAACCUGACGUCAUCAGAGAAGCUCCUGCGUCAGAAGGCAGAAGAGUCGAUCACCGAAACCAGGAUUUUUUGACAGAGCGGCAAAUCGACUCAAAGAAAGUGGAGCAGGAGAUGAUGCGUGUGUUCGGUAUCUGCCCCGAACCUGCUCCACAGGUUCCUUCCCUUUAUUCUUCCCAUCGGGAGUUUUUCCUGUGCCGAUGUGAGGGUUUCUGGACAGAGGAGGUCACGUGACUGAGCAGCGCUACAAGCCCAAAGUAUCGCACACAAGUUAAUGUUUCAUAUGUAUCGUGAUGGAGGAGCGGCCCUCGUCCCGUGCUGUGGGGGUCAGCCUGUGUGACUCCGCCCCCCUGCUGUGGCGGGUGGAGGACCUGCAGGCGGUGCGGUCUCAGGGUCUAGUGGGGGCCCUGCUGGGUUCACUUCCCCGGAUCCCCCGACAGAACCUCAGGCUGGGUCGACCGCUGCUGCUGCUGCCGGAGGAGGAGGAGCUUCUGACUGAGCGCCAGGCUGCUGCUGCGCUACCCGUUUACCAGGAUAGAGAAGGGGCGGAGCUUCGUCUACAGGUUAAGCAGCACCUGGAGGACCAGCAAAGGAGCUACGAGGAGCAGAGCGUCCUCGCUCUGGAGGACAGGAAGUCUGCGCUGCAGCGAGCCAUGACAUCAUCACGUACAGAGUCCGGAGAUGAGGCUCUGCGGAGCCGGCUGGAGGCCCUGGACCAGAGCUUUACCUUCCCCCGUUCGGCGCUGGCCGUCCAGGUGAGCACGGCAAAGGCGGGGCUGUUCUACCGCCCGGAGGCCCGGGCCAUCCUGCAGGCCCAUCGGCCAAUCAGAGGGCAGGACGAGCCGAGCUGCCACACCGCCAGGUACCAGGUGUUCAGAGACCUGAGGGGGCGGGGCUUCUACUUGACUUCAGCAGGAAAAUUUGGAGGACACUUCCUGGUUUAUCCAGGUGACCCUCUUCGUUUCCACGCUCACUUCAUCGCCGUCUGUCUGUCCCUGGAGGAGCCCAUCUGUCUUCUGGACCUCCUCGCUGUGGCCCGUCUGGGUUCCAACGUGAAGAAGACGGUCCUGCUCUGCUCGCCGGGGCCGGGCGGCCGGGUCCAGUAUACCUCGUUACAGUGGAGCGGGAUGGUGUAGAGGACUAAUCAAUACUCAGACUGGAUGUUGUUGUUCACUGGGCAGGUGAGUUUUGGAUCAGAAGAAGAAACCUGCAUGACUUCAUGUAAUAAAGACCUGGACCUGA